AUGAUGGGUGGCAUGGGUACAUCCAUGUCGUCUCGAAUGGGCGAGCAGCACCAGCCGCAGCAGACCUCCGUCUUUGCGAAAAUGCAGGGAAUGGGCACUGGGAUGCAUGGUGGAAUGGGCAACAUGGGCAGCAACAUGGGUGCCAUGGGAGGCAGCAUGGGGAUGGCCCGCAAAAUGGGCAAAGGCGGCAUGGGUGGGAUGAACAACAUGAACAGCAUGAACAACAUGGGUGGCAUGAUGAACAGUGGGAUGGGCGGUAUGGGCGGCGGCAUGGGCGGCAUGGCCGGUGGCAUGUGCGGCCAAGGAAUGCAAGGCAUGGGUGGCAUGGGCAUGGCCCAGGGCAACGAGAAGGGGAAGAUGGGCGCCGGCGGAAUGUGCGGCAUGACCAUGGGAGCCAUGGGCCAAAAGGGCAUGGGGAAGCCCAUGGGCUGCAAAGGCGACUCCAAUGGUUGUGGUGCGCAAGGUCGGCCGCCUAUCGGUGGCAGCAUGGGCCAGCGGCCACCGGUGAUGGCGGCGGCUUCUGCGGAGGCGCGCAGAAUUUCGGCACCUCGCCGGGCUUCGGCCAAGCCGGGGCUUUCCGCGGUCGGCCACCAGCUGCAAUACGGCCUUCAACGGCUCCUGGAAUGGGAGCUGGCGGUCUAG